AUGCAGCUAUUGCCUGUGGCCACCUGGAGCAGUGUCCAGCUGUCGCCGCUUAGCGUUUUCAUCCUUGGAGUCAACUUUUCCGAGCAGAAGCUCGUGAAGAAGGCGCUCGAGUCCUUCUUCGCCCUUGGACCGACCACAUCGCACCGCAUUCUGGCCAAGUACUCGAUCCACCCCAUGGCCAAGGUCGGCGCCCUACCCCCCAAGACCGUCACGGCCCUGACGGCAGAGUUAUCGACGAUGACGAUAGAGAGCGACGCGCGAAAAGUCAUACAGCAGAACGUCAUGAGACUAAAGGACAUGGGAAGCUACCGGGGGAGACGACACGCCAUGAACCUGCCCGUCAGAGGACAACGGACGAGGACCCAGAUCGAGACGGCGAAGAAGCUCAACCGCGCGGACAGGAGAUGGUGA